UUCGGUUGUAACAAAUAUUUUGCGUAUUUGUUAUUCGUGUUUGUAGACAAAGAAGCAAAAAAGUUUGCAUAUAUACAUACAUUCUUAACAAGAUACUUUAAAAGGAAAAUUAUUAAAGCCAAUAGAAAAGAAAACGAUUUAGAGUGUUUUUAAGUGCAUGUUAAACAGAAAUUUAGAAUUUUCGAAACCUUUUGGAUGGGUUUUAGAGGAAUGAAUAAAAAUUGGAGUAAGGAUUGUUUGGGACUUCGUCUACGAGUCAGCGGACUACAUCAAACGUGGAAGUGGUUACAUCAAACCCCAGCUUUGCACGAAUAUUUGAUCUCCGUCACAGCAGCUGACACUGCAGCAUCGAAAAAGUGUGCGAUCCAUAAAAAGUGUAACGAGUGCUAAAGUCCAAUAUACCCAAUUGAACCACGAAAAUAAA